AAAGUCGAGGUUUCAGUAGAGAAUACUUAACGGCGGAGAAGUUGAGGAGAUAACAACACUGUACACUAAUACUAUAAUACUAAAAUCGUUAAUCUCCAAAAGGAUAUUAGUGAUUCUACAAUAUUGGAGCAUUGCACAAUAGCAACCGCGUGACUGACUGCACUGUUCAAAUAUAAUUACUGACCGCGUCGAGUCAGUUAAAUGGCUUUGUACGCACAGCUUUAUUCGAUCGCCACCUAAUAGAAUAUCAUGUUUGUAAUCGGGUAAAGAGAAGCACUGGGACUGUCGGCGAACAUGCGAAGCCCUACCGCACGAGCAACGGCCAGUAUGCUCGACUGCUGCGAGAGAGCAGUCAGUUGAAGUUUCGUUAUUCGAAGUGACCUUAACGGAAGAAUACAACACGCAGGAAUUUUGCGGAGUUGGUCUAACGGGCCAUGAAGCUCUUUACUUUGGUGAAGGUCGCCUAUGUUAUGUUGAUCAUCACCCUGCUGCUGAUGCUAUGGGCGUCCGUGGCGCGGAUGCACGAGUUACCCGUCCAGUAUCCGCCAUGCUUCUUCAAUCCGCUCUGCACCUGCUCGAAAGCCAUACCGGAUCUCGGCAUAGUGGCGUGCUAUAAUGUGCCGAUGCCGCGAAUACCACAGCCGAUUAACUCGUCGAAAGUGUUUAUGCUGCAGCUGGAAAACAACGGACUCAGAUUUCUACAACCGCAAUAUCUCAUAAACACCGGUCUCUACAAGCUACAGAUCAAACAUAAUCCGCUAGCGGACAUCCCAGACGAAGCCUUUCUAGGUCUCGAGCGAUCGUUAUGGGAACUCGACUUAUCUUACAACCAGCUUGCCAGCGUACCGAGUAAAUCGUUCAGACAUUUACAAAAAUUGCGAUUACUCGAACUCACAGGUAACAAGAUAUCGCGUAUCGCUCCGGAAAAUUGGCGUGGCUUGGAGAAUUCUCUUCAGACUCUACGCUUGGGACGAAAUGCAAUCGAGAAACUGCCGGCCGAUGCUUUCGCUGGCCUUACGUAUCUAGAGAUCCUCGAUCUUCGGGAGAAUAGCCUAAAGGAAAUCGAUCCAUCCGUAUUCCGAGAUGGGAUGGCACACCUCACGCACCUUUAUCUGAACGACAACCAAUUGACGCACGUGCCGUACGCUCAACUGUCCCUGCUGAAGCGCAUGAAGGUCCUUGAUCUCAGCUACAAUAGGAUUUCGAAGAUGUUGCAGACCCAACGGGAGCCAGAAAUCAAGGGCAUACAGAUGUCCUUGGAUGUUCUGCAGCUGGAUUACAAUCAAAUCGAGAUGCUCACGUCUGGUGAUUUCCAACACUUCUACAAAGUCAACCGCACGUAUCUUAACGGCAACCCCUUAACGAUAAUUGAGGAAGGUACAUUUAGAGACUCACGUAUUCGCGAGUUAUAUUUGAGCGACUGCGACCUGCUGGAGAUCAACUCGGCCAACUUCGCCGGCUUAGAGUCGACUCUCGAGUUGUUAGAUGUCUCAGGCAAUAAUAUCACCACGCUACCGAACCGUCUGUUUCAAGAAUUUGAUUUUUUGCGUACGCUCAUCUUUCGCGAGAAUCGCAUCGACACCUUUUCGCCCGCUGAAGUGUUCAAUGGUUUCCAAUAUUCCUUAUACAAUUUGGAUCUUAGCGGCAAGCAGAACGGUAUGAUUUCUCUUCAAGAUCUACGACAAAUGAGAAAUUUACGCUUCCUCUCGAUCUCGCGAAUGCCACAGGCCACUCUGUCGCCUAACGAUUUUUUGGAGUUUGGUAUGGACAUUAAGGAGCUUAGGAUAAUUCAUAGUAAUUUGAACACUAUCAAAAGCCACACUUUCAUGCACGUACGUGGGAUUAAGUACCUAGACUUCUCUGAGAAUUCAAUCUCGACGAUAGACGAUGAAGCGUUCUCGGAGGUGGGUCACUCUCUUUUGACACUAAGAAUGUCUCACGGUCUCUCUUCCACGAUUUCCGAGAUACCGAACCGACCGUUUAAGUCGCUGACAAACUUGCAACACCUCGACUUCAGCAACAACAAAAUUCGCUCCUUACCAGCUACGUCGUUCCAUUUCCUAAAGAGAAUUAAGCGCAUCGAGCUGCAAGAUAACGAGAUCGACAAUAUACCGAAGGGCACCUUCCAAGGUGACAUACAUUCAACGCUGGAAGAAGUUAAUUUCGCUUUCAAUCAAGUGAAGAACCUACAAACUCACACGUUCGUCGAUCUAUCAGCUUUAAUGACAAUCAAUUUGGAAGACAAUGCUAUUGAGAAAAUUGAAAGACGAGCUUUCAUGAAUAUGAACCGGCUUAAAUACAUCAAUUUGCGCGGCAACAAGAUUAGAGACAUCACCGAUGAAGCCUUCCAGAAUUUGCCGGAUCUGGAGUUUCUCGACCUCGCGUACAACAAUCUCAACGAGUUUGAUUUUGCCUCCUUCGAUCAAGUGGGUACAUUGUCGUCGUUCAAAGUUAACGUUAGCCAUAACGAGAUUUCGAGAUUGUGGAUAAAUAGCACUACUUUUACACCACCCACUGCUAGUGCGUUUCACAUCUAUCUUGGCGGCAACGUGCAGUCAAAUAUCAAAGUCCUGGAUUUGAGUUACAAUAACAUAUCUGACAUCAUGAAGUACUAUUUCAAGCCAGUCGAAUAUUCGCUUACUCAUCUGUACUUGUCGAACAAUCAAUUGAGAAACAUCACCCAGGGUAUCUUCGGCAACAUGCCGCACCUACAGUGGCUCGAUCUGAGGCAUAACGAUUUGUUCGAAGUGGACUUCGACUGUUUUAAGAACACGAAGAACCUGCAGGUGCUCCGUCUCUCUUGGAAUGAGAUCACGGACAUCCCGGCGGAGGCUCUGAAACCCUUGAAGAAAUUACGCAUUGUUGACUUAUCUCACAAUAAGUUGAGGUCCUUGCCAGAUAAUAUGUUCACCGACUCUAACAUAGAGAGUCUCGAUCUCUCGCACAAUCAGUUUACGAGAAUUCCCAUCAAGAGCAUGUCGCUCAACUCUGCCGCGAGUUUAGCAAACUUAGACAUGUCUUGGAAUAUCUUGUCGGGAAUCCACAAUACUGACACGAUAUUCAGACUUAGAGGUCUUGUAUGGCUGGAUUUAUCGUAUAAUCGAUUGGUCAGACUGGAUGAUGGUGUGUUCUCUGAUCUACCAUACUUGGCCCAUCUCGAUCUGAGUCACAACAAGCAACUUAUCCUGGAAACUCGCGGAAGAACGUUCUACGGUUUGGAGGAUACGCUCUUAUAUCUCAGUCUGAGCAACAUUUCCCUCUUGAGCGUUCCAGAGUUGCCAUUGAGACGGCUGCAAACUUUAUAUUUGGCGCAUAACGAGCUGGCUUCAAUACCUGCGGAAAUGUCGUCGAAUCUAACAUAUCUUCACUAUCUGGACUUAAGCUUCAACGAUUUGACAGUGGUACCAUUGAUCACCCACUCGCUACCGGAAUUGAAAACUUUUAACUUGGCGGACAAUCCCAUUACAGCUAUCACGAAUACGAGUUUCUUAGGUGUGGCUGACAGUCUGGAAGAGUUAGACAUACGAAGACUCACUCUGUCAAUCUUCGAGACAGGUGCACUCUGCAAAGCUACUAAGCUUCGCAAAUUACACAUCACCGCCUACAACGGUAUCAAGAACUUCAACUUUCCCACCAUUCUGGAGUACAAUCAUGGCUUGAAGCAUUUGCUUAUUGACGUCCAGAACGACACCAAUCUAGAGAAGGAAAUGAGGGGAAAGUUGCCUUAUAAAUUAUACAAUAUCACUCUGACUGGUCGAAAUCUAAAGAAUAUACAUCCGGAGAUACUGCGCGGCAUGCGUAACCCGCAUCUUCAUUUCGGCCUGUACAACACCAGCGUAGCGACCGUACCUCAAGAGACUUUCAGCAAUGCACAACGAGUGCGCAACAUCACAGUGGAGAUCCACGACAGCGACACUCGAACUCUGCAUAAUCCGUCGUCCGGCUAUAAACCGGGAGUGCCGGGCGAACGGUUCCUCAUGAAGCUCCGCUUAGCCGACAGUUACCUUAAUUGCGAUUGCGACGUCGGGUGGAUCGAGGUGUGGCAAAGGAAGCAUAGGCAAUACCAAGAGGACCGAUGUACCUCUUACGACAAAUCCAAGAAUAUGGAGCACGAAGAAGAUGACGAAUUCAAUUGCUGGGACAACGGUUGGGAUGACGACCUGCGUGAGACAUUCUGCAUGAACAAGAACAAUGUGUCAUUAUCAAAUAUGUUAAAAACUGAGCUAGAAUGCGGAUGGGGCGCGGCGAGCCACAUUAUCCUGUCGAACACUUUGACUCUACUAGUCCUUUCGAUCUUAGUAGUUAUCAUCUAUUAAGCGUACUUCAUUCUUGUGACCUCACAUAUCCUCAAGUCAAAUUGCGAAUCUUAUAUCCAAGAGGGUGACGAUUGUCGGAGAUUUCUGUUGAAUUAUCAUGCAUGCUCAUGUACUUGUACAAAGGAAGACUAAUUUGAAAUUAAAAGGAUUUCUGUAAGGGUAACAA